AUGGAAUCGGACCAGGGCAAGCUCUUCAUCGGCGGCAUCUCCUGGGAAACGACGGAGGAGAAGCUGAGCGAGCACUUCUCCGCAUACGGCGAGGUUACGCAGGCGGCCGUCAUGCGCGACAAGAUCACCGGCCGCCCCCGCGGCUUCGGGUUCGUCGUCUUCGCCGACCCCGCCGUCGUCGACCGAGCGCUGCAGGACCCCCACACCCUCGACGGCCGCACGGUCGAUGUGAAGCGGGCACUCUCGCGGGAGGAGCAGCAGGCCUCCAAGGCCGCGAACCCUAGCGGUGGGAGGAACACUGGUGGUGGUGGAGGCGGAGGAGGCGGUGGUGGCGAUGCAAGUGGUGCUCGGACCAAGAAGAUCUUUGUGGGCGGGCUGCCCUCUACUCUGACUGAGGAUGGGUUUCGGCAGUACUUCCAGACCUUUGGCAGCGUCACUGACGUUGUUGUCAUGUAUGACCAGAACACGCAGCGCCCACGUGGUUUCGGAUUCAUCACCUUUGACUCUGAGGAUGCGGUUGACCGCGUGCUGCACAAGACCUUCCAUGAUCUUGGUGGGAAGCUGGUUGAGGUGAAGCGUGCAUUGCCCCGUGAGGCGAACCCUGGUGGCUCUAGUGGUGGGCGUUCUGGGGGAAGUGGGGGUUAUCAGAGCAACAAUGGCCAUAACACCAGCUCUGGUAGCUAUGAUGGUAGAAGUGAUGGUGGCAGGUACGGGCAGGCACAGCAGGGUAGUGGUGGCUAUCCUGGCUACGGUGCAGGAGGCUAUGGUGCUGGGGCAGCUGGAUACGGAUAUGGUGCUAACCCUGCAGUUGGAUAUGGAAAUUAUGGGGCUGGAGGAUAUGGAGGUGUUCCUGCUGCUUAUGGUGGACAUUAUGGAAACCCAGGCGCAGCUGGUUCUGGUUACCAAGGUGGACCUCCAGGCUCCAAUAGAGGACCUUGGGGCAGUCAAGCUCCAUCUGCAUAUGGAACUGGAGGUUACGGUGGUAGUGCUGGCUAUAGUGCUUGGAACAACUCUUCUGCUGGUGGCAAUGCUCCCAGUAGUCAAGCCCCUGGUGGACCUGCAGGCUAUGGAAGCCAGGGCUAUGGGUAUGGUGGAUAUGGAGGGGAUCCAUCGUACGCUAGUCAUGGAGGAUAUGGGGCUUAUGGAGCACGCAGUGAUGGUGCUGGCAAUCCUGCUACUGGUGGAGCAUCUGGAUACAGUGCAGGCUAUGGAAGUGGGGGUGCCAACUCUGGCUAUUCAAGUGCUUGGAGUGAUCCUUCGCAUGGUGGUGGAUUUGGCAGUUCAGUCAAUGGAAGUGCUGAAGGGCAAUCAAAUUAUGGCACUGGCUAUGGCAGUGUGCAGCCCAGGGUUGCUCAGUAA